UGUUUUCAUCCAGUGGCUAGUCUAAAACGUACUGUUCUCCUCAAUUUCUGGGUACGCCGGUGCGCAUCCGGCACAUCAUAUUGAUCAGCCCCUGUUUUUCCUGUAGUUCAGGACUCUGUUAUAGAUUAAUUACAGAUUAUGAGGACAGGGGAUUUACUUUAUAGAUCGGUUCUUACUAAUUAGUCUGGAGGCAGCCACAUUUCCCCUUUGAGGGCAACCUCUUUCCAUGAUCGGAGCUCAUCAACAAUCUUAGAUACACUCUCGCAAAAAAAAAAAAACUUAGAUACAGACUGGGGACCGUGCACGCCUUUUAAUUGAAAAGUUCAGGAUUCUUGAUGUCUAUUUUUUUUACUAGCAAUUUUCGGCCAUGAUCGUUACAGUCGUAGACGCCUGGACGCCUGCAUUCACCGUGAUAUAAAAACUGUUGUUAUGCUUUCAUGCGCCGUGAAAUAGGAUCCUUUCAUUCAUGUAACGUGUGCUCUGCUGGGGCAUGUUUGCAUCAGCUGGUGUAGCUCAUAUGAUUACAUUCUUAACUGAACCGGGCAACUAGCUCAUGUUCCCGCGCAAUUGAGUAGCUACGUUUUUGUUGCAUUGAUGUACCUCUUUUAUCAAUCUUGGGCGAUGAUCGUUACAGUUCUAGACACCAUGACGCCCGCAAGAAUCUGCUACGCAUUCCUGCCCUGCGAAGUAGGAACAUCUCAUGUAACGCGUGCUAUGGUGGGUCUGUUUGCGUUCGAUAGCGUGGCGUCGAUGAUUACCUCUUAAUUGAACUGGGUAACCAGGUCAAUGUUCCCAUGCAGUUGAGUAGCUCAUUCAAAUUUAAUUCCUAACUACACCAUGAAAACUUUGAGCCUUUGAUAUUUAACUGCUUCGAGUCACAUGACAUUAAGCUACCUUGAUCCUGUGAAAUCUUUGAAGUUGAACUUUCCUUCAGCAGAGCCUUCAAGAUUUGAGCACCACAGGUAACAGCCUCCUACAUCCUAGUGUCGGUACUUGGUAGGGUAAUCUUCCCUGGUCCCCAGAAGCUGACCUUUAUAUAAGAAGAUUGAACAGAGCAUGUGAACCAUCCAGAAAUCUGAUGCACAUGUGAACCAUCCUGGUCGUGAGGCUUCCACCGAUCAGUCUUUAAUUAGACUAUGCAAAUGGCUCUGCUAGCAAGGCUAUCUCUUGCAAGCUCUGAAGCAAGAGAGUCUAGUUUGGAAGAAAGACAUGCUGGUUCUGAUGAACAAACUUCAGAACAAUCAACGGAGGAAGCAUUUCAAGCAUCUCAUUUUGACAGUGAUUCACAGGUUCGUCUAGGCAGCUCUUCGGUUAAUGGUAGUCUUCCUAAUACCGGUCAGCUUGGUGGGAAGUGUGACACUGACAAUGGGAUGAUGCGGGUUCCAAGUGAUAGGACAAAUUACAGUGGUGAUGCGUCUGGAGAGGUUGCUGACCGGGAGCUUUCUGUCUCUUCUGCCCCUCAAAGGGAGAAUGUAAUCCUGCCAAGAUUGGGUGAUGUCUGCAUGGAAGGGCCAUUUGUUCGGCGGCAAACAUCUGACAGGGGAUUCCCCAGAAUAAUAUCGUCGUCGUCCAUGGAUGCCCGGGGUGAUUUCUCUGCCAUCGAGAAUCAGGUGCGCGAGCUAAUCAAUGAUUUGGGAAGCGAUUCCAUAGAAGGUCAGAGAUCAGCAACAUCCGAGAUUCGUCUUCUAGCUAAGCACAACAUGGAGAACAGGAUUGUGAUUGCUAAUUGUGGGGCUAUAAACUUGCUGGUUGGCCUUCUUCAUUCACCAGAUGCCAAAAUCCAAGAAAAUGCAGUGACAGCCCUCCUCAAUUUGUCACUCAGUGAUAUCAAUAAGAUUGCCAUCGUGAAUGCAGAUGCUGUUGAUCCACUCGUCCAUGUCCUGGAAACAGGGAACCCUGAAGCUAAAGAGAACUCAGCAGCUACUUUGUUCAGUCUCUCAUUUAUUGAAGAUAACAGAGCGAGGAUUGGACAAUCUGGCGCCGUAAAGCCUCUCGUCGACCUGCUGGGAAAUGGGAGCCCACGAGGAAAGAAAGAUGCGGUUACUGCAUUGUUUAAUUUAUCCAUACUUAAUGAGAACAAGGGUCGAAUUGUGCAAGCUGAUGCUCUGAGGCACCUAGUUGAGCUUAUGGACCCUGCUGCUGGAAUGGUCGAUAAGGCUGUAGCUGUCUUGGCAAAUCUUGCUACGAUACAAGAAGGGAGGACUGCGAUUGGGCAGGCGCGUGGUAUUCCAGCCCUUGUUGAAGUUGUCGAACUGGGUUCAGCGAAAGCGAAGGAAAAUGCUGCUGCGGCAUUGCUUCAGCUAUGCACAAACAGCAACAGGUUUUGCAACAUAGUUCUUCAAGAGGAUGCCGUGCCCCCUUUAGUCGCACUGUCACAGUCAGGAACACCACGCGCAAGAGAAAAGGCGCGGGCUCUUCUCAGCUACUUCCGCAGCCAAAGACAUGGGAACUCGGGAAGGAGAUGAUGAUGAUGGUCCUACAAUAUAUUUUUCUAGUGUACAUCAAGCAUUCCCCUGGAUUUCUCAGAUGAUGGUUAUUGUUGUUGACUGGCGCUGUGUACUGCUUAUAGUCAUAUUGAGAUUGUGCUCAUCAUCUCAAGCUACUGAUGGAUUAGUAGGUGUGUUUGUGACGUCGUCGUUGUUGAGAUGGUGUAUUUUCGGGUUUAUAUUUUUUUACAGCUUGUCUAUUGGUAUCUGUUUCACUGAGAUAGUAUUUCGUACAUGUUAUUAGCUGAUUCAAACAGUGAUUUAUUGCCCGCAUUCUUU